CUUCAAUGCGCACAUGUGUUUCUCUCUUCGUCAUCUUGCUCCUCGCUUCCUCCAACAAACUUAACACACCCACUCUUACCCACCUUUACUGCAUUUAUACAACUCACAAUUAUACACAUUCGUUAUCAAAAAUAAAAUCGGCGCCAUGUCCAACUCUCGUCAGACCUCAACGCAAGAGCCGCCAUCCGGCAAACUUUUCCAGUUCAAGCUAGUUUUGCUGGGCGAGUCUGCUGUUGGAAAAUCAAGUCUUGUCCUCCGCUUUGUUAAGGAUCAAUUUGAUGAUUAUAGAGAGAGCACCAUUGGAGCUGCCUUCUUGACACAGACUAUUUGCCUGGAUGAUGCCACAACAGUCAAAUUUGAGAUCUGGGAUACCGCUGGACAGGAGCGCUAUAAGAGUUUGGCACCUAUGUACUACCGCAAUGCAAACUGUGCAGUCGUUGUCUACGAUAUCACUCAAAGCUCGUCAUUGGACAAAGCCAAGUCAUGGGUCAAAGAGCUUCAACGUCAGGCAGACCCCAACAUUGUGAUUGCAUUGGCAGGAAACAAAAGUGAUUUGAGCGCAAGACGCGUUAUUGAGACAGAGGAGGCCCAAGCAUAUGCUGAUGAGGCUGGUCUCUUGUUCUUCGAAACUUCUGCUAAAACAGCGACUAAUGUGAAUGAGUUAUUCACAAGCAUAGCCAAGAAGAUGCCUUUGGAUAUGCUUGCUAAUCCACGCCCUCGUGGAGCAGGACUCAAUCCAAGAGGAGUUGAUCUUAACCGUGACAACAGAGAAUCAGGAUGUGCAUGCUAAGCAUCAAUAUUAUUUACUAUUUUCUUUCGCCUUGGCCGCGCCACUAAACUGCCUUUUGACUUGCCGCAUUCAAAUCUCUCUACACAAACCUUUUUUUCCUCUGGCUCGGAUGCUGUCUUUUUCAUCCACCCUCUAAUAUCUCGAUAUCGGUUGUGCUUUCUAUCUUCACAAUAAACAUCUGAUCCUAUUUGACAAUGCCUGC